UUUCACAUCAUCUUCUAUUUUUUUUUUCAUUUUUUUCCAUUUUGUUUUGCAAUGUCUUGAUUUCUCAAAGGGUCAUUCCCAGAGCUAGGCCUUGCUGGGCAUCCACACCACGUAGGGCACUGUGGGGCAGAGUCCCACCUGGGCCCUGGCUUCCCAGAUCAGAUGCCUCCGUGUUGCAGGUUCCCGGAGCGGGCAGUCCUCAGUUUCUUCCUCUAUAGAAUGGGACUGAUGCUCCUCACCCGGCGGACUGCCCAGGGCUAUCGGGCAAGGCCCGGAGCUGCAGGAUUUCGGGGCCAGGAGGGAGCUGAGCCCCGGGACAGCGAAGCCUUCGUUGUGGCUGGAGCCCAAUCGGGUGCUGCUUCCACAGUUAAAAGGGAGGGGGGUCUCUGAGCCUCGGCUUUCUCAGCUCUGUAAUGGGGAGAAGCGCGCAGCUCCCGAGGGCUACUGGGAGGGGCUGCAGCGGACCCAGGCUCGAGUCACCGAGGGAGCCAAGAAGGGCCCGGCUCCCCAAAGCCACCCGCAGAGGCCGGGAGCAGGGAGCAAUGCAGGGGAGCUGUGGGCUAGCCUCAGUCUCCUCCUCCGUAAAAUGGGUAUGAGUAUCGGCACCUGCUGCCCAGCGUCCAACGGGACAGGGUGUGUGAUACACGCUUAGCGCAGGAUCGGGCACGUGUCAGGUGCCUGCUCCCUUCAGGAACGGGACAGGGAUGGGCUGGUGACGUUGGGGGUAGCUGUGCAGCUUUGGGCACGCCCCUCGGCCUCUCUGUGCCUCAGUUUCCCCUCUGCCAAAGAGGUGGGGGCUGGGCUUCGCGAAUCCCCAAAGAGCCUCCAGCUCGGAGAGCAGCAGCUGAGCCCACGAGGGCGGGGAGGGGCGGAGCCAAAAGAGAAGGGCUCGUGGCCACGCCCCCUCGACGGCGCCCUGGAUCUUCCUCUCUCAAAGGGAUUACUACUGUGGAAUUUGGACAGACAGAGCCGGAACCAUCCAGCGAGCUGAGCGUCUGGCAAAGCUAGAGGGAAUCAGGCCCCUCUGAGUGGGAAGAGCAGCUGGUUCUGGAUAGGAGAGACAUUUAGAAAGGACGAGGAUGGCUGAGAAUAAGCUUGUUCCCGAGUGGAAACAUAUGAAAAAAAUUAUCAGCAAUGUCUUGAAUAAACGCAUGCAAAAACAGUCACAGCCAGAUGCAGUGAUUUCCCUGAGCGACCACCCUGAGAUUGUGUUCUCUGAGACCUACCACCCCCAGGAAAUGCCCGCCAUCUGCCACUAUUUCACUGAUGCCCACUACUACGCCUCCUUGGGCUGGGUAAAGGGGAAGGAGAUAAAGGCUGUGGUGUGGGUGCAGCUGAAGGUCUAUAGCCGUGAGGUGGAGAAGAGAGUUUUCCCUAUGUAUGAGUACCUGCCUCCUGUCCAGGCUUUGGUGCAUGCCGGGGACCAUAGAGUACUGGCUGCUUACUGUGGGGAUAUGUUCCUUCGCAUCUUUGGAGACCAUACCCGGUCGCUCCGGACCCUGUGUGUUGUGCCCUGUCGUUUCUCCAUGAACUGCUUAGCCUAUGACCCCAAGUCAGAGAUGCUGCUCACCGGUGUCGCUGGGGCUGUGCUCAUGUGGAUCAUCGAGCCCAGUGGGCGAGGACUGCACCUCGCUGGGGAGGUGCUUAUGGCUGGCAAUGAGCUGGUGCAGGACAUCUCCGUGGCUGGCCCCAGUGGGAAGAUGGUGGUGCUCUGUGAAAGCCUGGUGCGCAUCUUCAGGCGUUUAGGGAGGGACAAGUUUGAGGAGGUCAAGGUCCUCACCUCUCAGGGCAGCGGCUUACCUGUCACCUGCUCUUUCACCUGCACUGCCCAGGGGUACCUCUACACAGGCAAUAAAGAAGGGCAAGUCCAGGCCUGGAACCUCGACCAGUGCCAUGCUUUGUACAGCUUCCAGGCCCACUCCGAGGCAGUGGUGUGCAUCUGCAGCCGGCCUGAGGCCCACACCCUGCUCACUGCUGGGAGAGAAGGCGUGGUCAAGGAGUGGAACCUGACCUUGGGCAUGCUCCUUCGGCAAGUGAACCUGGGGGAAAAGCUGGUCAACCUGCAGUUCUUCAGAUCCAAGGCCUUCUUCUCCCAUACUAGCACCACCUUCUCGGUGUAUCAUCUGCCCUGCUUCUAUCGGCUCUUUAACGUCUGCGGGUCCACUCCUCAGGAGGUGCGUCAGAUCUGCUGCGGCAGCAGCUCCUCUCGCAUCUCCUGCUACACUGAGGAUGGCCUCCUGCGUUUCCUGUGCCCCCUGACUGGGGAGCUCCUGCUACUCACCUGGCCCUUUGCCCUCCUGGAAAAAGCCGUCGACUGGACCUAUGACCCUGACCGGGAGGAGAUCUUCGUGGCCACGGGCAAAUCGGACGUGCUGGUGCUGGACGCCGGCCGCUGUCCGUGCACCGCCAAGUACUUCUUGUGCGCCUCCCCAAAUGCUGACGACAGGGUGCAGUGUCUGGCCUACGGGAGGCCCCAGCUGAGCCGGGGACUGGAGGGUUUAGUGUUCUGUGGGCACGAGAGCGGCAUGGUGAGGGUGCUGUCUCAGCAUCACCACGCCCGCGUUGCCAAGCACUUGCACUCUGCCACAGUGCUGGCGCUUGCCACCUCGGUGGGAAUGCCCUGCAGCUCCCGGGAGAGCUCCCUCGUCUGUUCCUACGGCAUGGACGACUAUGUGCACUUGUCCGAGGUCGUCCUCGAAGGGGCCGCAGUGAACCUGGUGACCCUCACCAGCAUUCUCUGCAGCUGCAAGCUUAGUCAGCUGAUCCUGCUGCCCAAAUCGGUCAGCGCUAUCACUGAAACCCAUCGCCUACGCCUCUGGCACUACCAGGACUUCCUCGUGUCCCCGGACACUAAGCCGGAGGAGGGCUUCUUGGAGACCGAAGCCCUGCACCUGAAUCCCGUCACUUCCUUCGACAUCUGCCUUACCUUGGGCAUCUUCGUCACCGGGGCUGCCGACGGCUCGGUCAAGCUCUGGGACCUCCAGGGCACACUCCUGACCCACUUCGACUCGGCCCUCAAGUUCGGCGCUCUCUGCUUUGCCAAUGACCGGGGCGACCUACUUGUGUCCGUCCACCAGAGUCUCUACUUGGUGUCUUGCCUGAUGCUUCUCCCUGCUGCUUUCUUGAGCCGCCUGAUGGCCAUGAACAUACCCGACACAGUGAAGGAGACCCCCAAACCCUUCCUGCCGGGUUUCUUCUUGUCCUUUAAGAGCAUCUUUGUGCCCCGCUACCUCUAUGUCGGCAGCGGGCAGCAGAAGCUGGAAGGGCUGGAGACGCUGCUCAACUUCAGGGCCGUUGCCUUUGACCGCUCGGUCCCCCGCGUGGUGCAGGAGGGAGCAGGCCUGACCCCGGCAGCCGAGGACAAGGACAGCGAGAAACACCAGCUCCAGUUCUCUGCCGAAGAGACGAAGCAGAGCCCGCGCCAGCGGCGGGUGCGUUCUGCGCCCUCUGGCCCCCGGGCUACCCGGCUGCUGGGCUGCCACGGAGUGCACGGAUAUCCACUGCUGUGCAAGUUUUUAGGCCAGGGGCGAAAGUGGAUCAUAGCGCCUGACGGCUACGUCCCUAACUCGGUGGUUCGGGCUUUCCUCCGGCCGGAGGGCACUCCUGUCUUUCUGACCUCUGCGGACACGUCCUCCGAGACCGAGGAGCCAGAAGAGCUUCGGGAACUACCGGAGCUUCCGUUCGGAGGGGUACCCACCGUGCUGCGGGACAAAUUCAGGCUCGGGCGCCUGUUGCGGAAGCCCCGCCUACGCUUGGCGAAGCGCUCCGAAGCCGUCUCCGACUCGCCCCGCGACGUCUUCAUAGACCUCCGUCACAGGCUGUCUCAGACGUUGAGCGAGGGGGCCGUGGACAGCAUGAUACAGAGCCUGCUCCACAUGAUGACCAGCUCGAACCCAGACAAGUACGAGAAGUGCAUCAAUGCCCUGGCGCAAAUCUUUGCCGCCUUCCCAGUGUCGCCCAGCCUGCGCUCGGCCACCGCCAAACACCUGACAGACUACACCUCCCACCUCCUGGCCGUCUUCCGCAAGUUGGCCUGGGAGGGGCUCCGGAAGCUGGGCUUCCUCAGCCACCUGUUUGCCCUCCCCUUGGCCUGGGGGCUCCUAGACAUGGACUCCGAAGUGCGAGGCAAAGCCAGGGAUCUCAUCAUCGGUGUCGCGGGCAUCAGAACGAAGACGGAGCUCCUCAACCUGCUUCUGCGGGAUAACGUCUUCUCCGAACUGCAGAACCAACACACAGGAAAUGAAAGUCUGGAUCAGAUACUGGGGAUUCGGCCAGUGGACCUGCAGAUCCUGUCUAGUCAGGUGGACAGAUACCUUGAGGAAAACCUGACCAAGCAGGACAGAGAAAAAGAGGUCCCCCUGUCCUUAGAAGUCACAGAGCUGGAGGAGAGGGAGAUGAUGGAGAUGAUUGAGCACACUAAAAGGCCUUUCCAUCUUUCCCCUGAGCCUUCCCCAGAGCCUGCCAAGCCUCCCAGAGCAGGCAAACCACAUGGGCUGAGACCAACCAAGAAGCUGCUGGCCAAAACUCUCAAGAAAUUAAAAGAGGGAUGCAAGAAAUCAAGAGAACAGGGACACAAGAAGUCAAUAGAAGAAGAGGGACUCAUGAAAUCGAUAGAAGAAGAAGAAGGAGAAGAAGGACCCAUGAAAUUAGAAGAAGAGAGACCCAUCAUGCUGCCUUCUGGACACAAGGAGACAGAAGCUAUUGAGAAGAUAGUGGUUCAGAGAAGAGAUACUUGGCCAUCUCCUACACCAUCCUCAGCCCUUCUCUUGGUGACUUCAGAUGUGCACAAACACAGUAUUUUAGAAACCCGGUCCCCUCCACCAGAAGUCCUGCCCGAUUAUGUGGAAGUGAGCCUGAAGGUCAUGAGGAGAACUCGCAGCAAAAGAGCCAAGAAAAAGAAGCCUGAAAUGAGUAAGAAGGAAAAAGAAAAAAAGGAAACUGAGCAAGAAGUGGAGGAGGAGGUCCAGGACAUAGUAGAAGCACCCCCUGAAUCUGAGAAGAAGCCAAGGAUGCUUGACAAGGAGCAAGUUUCUUGGUGGGAUGACAUUUGCCAACUCAUGACCCUGCGUAUUUCUACCCCACAGGACAGCAUGGCCAAGGACUUGAGUGAUGAGCUGGUGACCUUGGCCCGGGAGGUCCUGCUGGAGUGGCAGCCCAGCUGGGCACUCUUUCAGGAUAUGCACCCUCGGUCAGAGGAGCCCAGCCCAGAGCCCAUCGAAGAUGUACAAGGAGAUGUGGAGGAGAUGGAAGUAGAAAUGGAGGAAGAGGCCAUGGAGGAAGAGGACAUGGAGGAAGAGACAAUGGAGGAAUUGGAACUCAUCCUUCCCUCCUCCUCCUCCAAAACCAGGCAAAAGAAAGUCUUCUUCCUUGAAGAUCUCAGUUUCACUAAGCAAGAAAUGAGGCUGUCCAGGCAGGUAAAGAUACUGGCCAGGAAAGAGAGGAAGCUUGCCAGGGAAGAGCAGGAGCUGGCCAUGGUAGAGAAGGAACUAGCCUGGAGAGAGGACCAGCUGAGCAGGGAGCAUGAAUGGCUGGCCAAGGAGCAAGAGGCACUGGCCAAGGAAGAAGACAAUCUGACCAAAGAAGAGAUGUUUGUGAUCCAGGGAGAGGACAUCCUGACCCAAAAGGAUACAAAACCGGAAGAGCUCAAGCUGUUCAAAGAGGAAAUGAAGGUAGCCAAAAAAACCAUUAGAUUGAGCAGGGAGGAGAGAAUAAAGUCCAAAGAAGAGAGCACAAAGGCCAGGGAGCCAAUGAAAAGUGACAGGGGACUUCUUCCUGAGGAUCUCGAGGCCACCACAGAGGAGAAGCUGCUGGCCACUAUUGAAAGGAAACAGAUGAAGGAGCAGAUGGACAUCAUAAAGCUGAAAAUGGAAAAAGCUCAGAAGAACAGAAUUCAGGCCUGGGAGGACAGAACGAAGGCCCAAGAAGAAAGAGAACUGACUCUUUUUGCAAAGCAUGCCCUGACAGGAGCGCAGAGGGCAGAGGCUGAAGGUGUGCUGGGCUGGUCCCCUGAAGACAAGAUGAUUACUGAAGAAGAGAGGAGACUGACUCUGGCAGAGCUGCAGGUGAUCCAGGAGGAAAAGAGGCAGACUCAGAAGGAGAUAAUGCUGACCCAGCUAGAAAUGAUGAUGAUCCAGAGAGAGAUGGAACUGAACCAGGAGCAGCAAGCAUUGAUGGACGAGGAGAUAAGGCUACUUAUGAAGGAGCAGAGAUGGGCCCAAGAGGAGGGCAUGAAGGGGCGGAGACUUCAUCAGCAGAGGAGAAAAUUCCACCUCUCACAAGACGAGGUGCCCACCUCGGGAAAGAAGGACAAGGGUAAGGAAGGAGAGGCUGUCUCCGGAGAGGAGGAAGAGCAUGUGCCCGAGGCUGAUACCAAGGGAGCAAAGAGACUUCGUCAUCAGAUGAAAACGAUGCUGCCCACUGGGGAGCAAGAGCUAAAGCUAGACAUGGUGGAAGAGGAAGAGGAAGAGGAAGAGGAGGAAGAGGAAGAAGAGGAAGAGCAUAAGCUGCCUAGUGAGAUAGAGAGUCUGCUUAUGGAAGAGGAGGAAAGGAUGAAAAUGGCAGAAGCAGUCAAGCUGGAGGAGGAAAAGCUGUUGAUGGAAGGUCAGGAGCAGCCAGUGAAAAGGAAGAGAUUCAGUGUGGAAGAGCAAGAGGUGUCUGCUGGGAGGCAGAGGGUGCUCAUUAUCUGGAGGCACUUGAUCCAGAAAGAGCUUGAGACAACCAAGAAAGAAAAGAAGCUGACCAUUAAGAAGAUGGAACUGAUAACAGAAGAGAAGCUGGUGGGCCAGAAAUUAUUAGAAACAGUCAAUGAGGCGUGGACUAGGCAUCUGAUGGAAAUUAAAAAGACUGAGGAAGAGAUUGGGGCAGUCCGAGAUGAGCGCAGGUGGCUCAGCCUGAAAAGGCAGCAGCUGUCCGAAGGGAAGAUGCUAUUUGAGGACUUGCCUCUGGAAGAAGGAGGUGGGAGCCCAGAGUCCUCGGCCAGGGCAAAACUUCAAGAGGAGCGGAAGAGGCUGAUGCUCAUUGAGAAGAGGCUGGCCGAAGAGGAGAGGGAAAUAAUCCAGGAGCACAGGAUACUAUCCAAGGAGAAAAGGCUGCUAAUGAAAGAGCUGAAGAGGCUGACAAAGAAAGAGAAGGAAAUCACCAGGAGGGAGGGCAAGCUGGCUUUGUGGGAAAGAAAGAUGACUUCAGAGGAGAGCCUGAAGGUGGAAGCAAUUGCAAUUCAAAACAUGAGUGAUAGCAUGGAAUUCAUCCAAUGGCAAAGGAUGAAGCUUCUGAAGCUCCAGAGGGCAGAAGCUGCACAGGAAGCUGAGACGGACAAGUCCAUGUUUACAGAGGAGGGGAAGCUGGCCGGCAAGGAGGAAGAGGAAGAGGAGGAGGAGGAAGAAGAAGAGGAAGAAAGAGAACAGGAAGAGGAAGAACAGGAAGAAGAAGAAAGAGAACAGGAAGAGGAAGAGGAGGGAUCAUUUCUAUCUGUGGAAGAAAUGGCUCCUGCUGAGUCCACCAGGGAGAUAACUCCUGCUGAGGAAUUGGGCCCACCAAAGGAUCUUGGUGAGGCUAUUCAAACUAUUCAAACAGUGGAUAAGAAGGAUGCCAAAGAGAAAUGGAAGGAUGUCAUUGUGAAAAAGGCUAGGCUGAAAGUUGAGGGGAAAACGAUGCCUCGGAAAGAGACACCAUGGAAAUCGACGCCAGGGCUCCUGCAGCCACCACAGCCAGCCAUGACCGCCAGUGAAUCCCGGGAAGAGAUGCUGAAGUUAAUGCUCCUCGCCAGGGCCAAGCACAAGCCCAGACCCCCACCCAAGCUAAAGGACUCAAUGACCUCAACCCCGAUGCUCUUGAAGGUCAAGAAGGUUCAGCCAUCUGAAGCGUGCCCAGAGACUCCCACCCUGGAUGUCAUGGGACCUGCUGCUGUGGCUCCCCCGAAGAAGUUGCCCAGAGACCACUGGAGGUGGUUUCUGCGGAUUCACCAGACUGUCAGAGCCUUCAAGGACACCGCUGCCCGACACAGAAAAACUCUGGCUUUUGUGUGUAGUGCAUUCUCCCACAUGACCCACAAAGGAGGCUGGGACCGAUUCCAGGCUGCCCUGAGGAAGAUUCGUAAACAAGGUAAGAUUACCAAAAGAAACAUGGACCACCUUUGCCAGCUGCUGGAGCAGACCUCGCCCUUGAAGCAGCUGGAGUGGGUACAGAUGGCCAAUCUGGAGGCCAUUGCCUCCCACUGGGAGGUCCCCAAGCCUCCCCAACCAGUCCCUGAGCGUGUCUGGCCCACCAUGGAAGUCAUCCCUCCACAGCAAGAAUACCCCAGGCUUCCACCCAGAAAAGACCUCAGGCACCAGCCUGAGCUUCCCCCUCUCUCCAGGCCAUCCAUUCACUAUGGCCUCCUCACCCACUUGGCUGCCAAAAGUAAGGCCAGAGACAGCAGACCAGAGUUUCUUGGACCAGUCAUGAAAGACCUGGCUAAUAUUUCUCCCCUUUACUCAGCAAAGAUCCUUGAGAUCUUAAAACUCCAGCGAAAUGUUCAGUUCUGGAAGGCCAAGAUAAGGGACCAUCAGCUGUCUAAGAUGAAGGCAAAGAAAACAUUACUACCCCCUGCAGCAAGGCCUGGACCCCCAGAAGGAUUCCUGCCCGCUGCAGCCAAGUGGGAGCGCAGGCCUCUGCCCCUGCUCACUGCAGCAAGGCCUGGAGCCCCAGGAAGACUCCCACUCACUGCAGCAAGGCUUGGACCCCCAGAAGGAUCACUGCCCACUGUAGCCACACAGAAGCCCAGGCCCCGGCCCCUGCCCCUACCCUUUUCAGUGAAGACAGAUGCAAAGAAGAAGCUGCAGUGGGAGACCUUCCUGGCUCUCUACCAUGUCCUCCUAGCAGUGCAGAAGCAGGAGAAUCAAUCUGCAAGCUCCACGUUGAUAGGCCAGGUCUGCCAGAUUUUAGAUCUCUACCAAGUCAAGACUCCAAAGAUGCAGCAGCUGCUACAGGAGCUCUCAGACCGGAAAGCCCACCCCCUUCAACAGAUCAUCUACAAAAAAGCCUUGCAGAUCACAGAGGUGGUCCCUGGAGAGCGGAUCCUCUACCAUCUCCUGUGUAACAAUGAAUUGACCCCACCAGAGCCAUUCACCUUCCAGUUGGUGGUGCCUCUGCCAGAGAAGAACCAGGUGCACACUGUCCUGCCCUUGGGUAAGAGCCGCUAUGGCCUCCUGGAGCUAGCCUGGAGGAGCCUGCCUCAACCAGACCCCCAUCAGGCUGAGGUUCUGCCCCAAAUUCCCACUGCUACCUCCCAAUGAUUCCAGGUCCUCCUGGGCCUCUCCUUCUUCCCUCCCACCCCCAGAUACUUAUCCCUGUGGGGUUAGGGAAAAGAUGCCAGGCAGGCAGAUGAGGACCAAUGAGAGAUGUCCUCUUGCUGAGCUCCUCCAGGGUUGGGCCCCCCCCAUCUCCCCAGUUUUCUGAAUCCCUCUUCCCUGCUGCCAUCAAGUCCCCCUCUCCAAUGUGCUCAACAGACCCACUUAGCUUAUGGUGCUCUCAUGGCCCUCCUGAAAAGUCCAGGUUCCUUCUAACUCUGCUGACCAUUGUGUGGAUUCUAAGUCACCAAGAGAGCCAGGAAGUGAAGGAAGAAGCUGUUAGUGGUUCUCCAAACCAGCCACUCAAUUCCCUCUCCUCCACCCAGCUACUGACUGAGCAGGAGAAGGAAAAAGAUCUACUGAUAGGGAGAAAGGCAUGGCUGAGCCUUAGCCAUAGAGCUUCCCUGGAUACCCAGGGAGAGGGGAUCUGUACAAAAAAGCAAAGGGAAUGAAAACUAUGUGGAGCCAGUUGCAAAGAAACAAGGGCAAAUGGGAAUUGGUCUCUUUGCUCAUUCAGGAGAAGGGUCUGGAGUUGGCUGUCUAGUGCUUCUGUAACUUCUCACAGCCUCAAAAGGGGAGGGUUGGAGCCUUUGACCCUCUGCCUAUGUAAAAUAAAAGUUGCAAUAUCAUCUUCCCCAAAAUUCUGGGUUGGCUUGGGGGGCAGGAUGUUG